AUGAGACGUGUGUCAGCGAAGUUUGUUCCAAAAUUGCUAAAUUUUGACAUCAACCCAGAUAUACUCAAAAGGGUCAUAACUGGUGACGAAUCAUGGGUAUAUGUACAAACUUUUUAUGAUGGCCGGGAAGAUGCCAAUGGCGAGCCUCGCUCUGGACGCCCAACCUCGUCAGCAAUCGAUGAAAACGUUCAAGCAGUGAAGAAAAUUGUUUUGGAAAAUCGUCGAAUCACUAUUAGAGAAAUUGCUGAGGAUGUUGGUAUAUCGGUUGGCUCCUGCCAUAAAUUUAUUUCUAACGUUUUGGGCAUGAGACGUGUGUCAGCGAAGUUUGUUCCAAAAUUGCUAAAUUUUGACAUCAACCCAGAUAUACUCAAAAGGGUCAUAACUGGUGACGAAUCAUGGGUAUAUGGUUAUGAUAUCGAAACAAAAGCCCAAUUGUCCCAAUGGAAGAGCCCAGGUGAGCCAAGACCGAAUAACGCACGACAAGUUCGAUCAAAUGACAAAGUUUUGCUCACUGUUUUCUUCGAUUACCAUGGCGUGGUGCAUCAGGAGUUCUUACCAUAUGGUUGUAUGGUCAAUAAACAGUAUUAUGUUGAAGUUAUGCGCCGUUUGCGAAAAGCAAUACGAAGAAAACGUCCAGAACUGUGCAAAAACAAUUCAUGGAGUACAUAA